AUGGUUUUAGGUGUUUCUAUUUAUAAAACUUGUCAUAUUAAUAUAUUUUUAGGGCCAAUGGUGUAUGGAGGAGCCUACUGUCCAUUGUCAUGCAUUGAAGAGUUGGAAAAACUUGGUGUUACAGAUUCAAAAGUUUUGACAGAAGAAAAGAGGGAUGAACUUUUUGAACUAAUCAACAGGUCAAGUGAGUUCAUGGGUUGGAUUAUAGAAAUACAUUCCCCAACAACAAUCAGCAACAAUAUGCUACGCAGGUGUAAAUAUAAUCUGAAUGCAGUGUCACAUGAUUCUGCUAUCAACCUUAUCAAGCAUGCUUUGAAUCAAGGGGUGAAUUUACAAGAGGUUUAUGUAGACACAGUAGGACCAUCAGAUAAAUAUCAGGCUAAACUUUCUGAGAUUUUUCCUGAUAUUAAAGUAACAGUGGCGAAAAAGGCUGAUGCUACCUAUCCCAUUGUAGGAGCAGCCAGUAUUUGUGCAAAGGUGGUGAGAGACCAUGCUUUACAGUCAUGGAAGUUUCGUGAGGGUGAUAAUUUUCAGUCUUUGGAAUAUGGGUCAGGUUAUCCUAAUGACCCUGUUACCAAAAGGUUCUUGUCAGAGAAUAUUGAACCAGUGUUUGGAUUUCCUAGCCUUGUUCGCUUCAGUUGGUCAACUGCAGAAAAAAUACUGGAAGAAAAAGCUGUUUCUGUUAUAUGGGAUGAAGAUGAAGAAGAUACAACAAUAACCAAAACUCCUUCUGUUCUGCAGUUUUUUAGGAAGCCAGAUAAAAGUGAUGAAAAAAAACAAACAAAGUCUCAUCGUUUUUUCAGUGAGAGAUCUUUAAAACAAGUGAUGACUUUUUAAUAAGUUUGUGUAAUACAUAUAUAUUGUAAAAAAUAAAGUAUGUAACUUUCAUUUGA